CCGAUGUGGUACCCCAUGUCAGUCCAAGUCGCACGUCGACGCGCGCGGUUCUCAAAUAUCCGCGAUUCCGCGACAACACUAAAAGACUCGAGUAAUUUAUUUCUCUCGCGCUGUGCACGAUUGAAAAUUUUCGAUGACUCUAUGAUGAUUGAAUCAAAGUGCCUCAAUAGUAGCAGCACGAGUGUUUUUAUUAUAAUUCCGAUAAUUUAAAGGACUUUACGCGGUCCGGAUCGGACCAAGAAUGAUUUUUACUGGUAGAUCAGUGGAUGCACUAGAUCAGGUACAGGGUGAUGAGAGACGCGACACAAAUGCUAUUGCCAUUGCAGCUGGAUGGUUCUCCAGUUUACGUAGACCUGGAAAAAAGGGCAAGAAGGCAGGACAAAAACCGGUUAAAAGUGCCUGGGAUUUGACGACAAUAUCCACUCAAUUAAAAGAUGAACUUGGCGAGGUUGUGGCGGAGAUGGAGUCGAUGGAGGGUGGAGGUCUCGCCUCGGACGAUACGAAGCCCUCCAACAAGGCGAAACAGACGUCCAUAGGUCGAAAAAAAUUCAAUAUGGAUCCCAAGAAGGGGAUUGAGUACCUGAUACAGCACAAUCUUCUAGCCCCAACGCCGGAGGAUGUUGCCCAAUUUUUGUACAAGGGCGAGGGACUGAAUAAGACAGCAAUCGGUGAUUACCUCGGUGAGAGGCAUGAUUUCAACGAGCGAGUACUUCGGGCCUUCGUUGAACUUCAUGAUUUUACUGAUCUCAUACUCGUCCAGGCGUUACGACAAUUCCUGUGGUCAUUCAGACUACCUGGGGAGGCGCAAAAAAUCGACAGGAUGAUGGAGUGCUUUGCCCAGAGAUACUGUCAACUCAAUCCAAAUAUCUUCACCAAUACCGAUACCUGCUAUGUUCUUAGUUUUGCGAUUAUAAUGCUCAACACGUCGUUGCAUAAUCCGAGUGUCAAGGACAAACCCAGUGUCGAACAGUUCAUUACGAUGAACCGAGGUAUCAAUAAUGGGGGAGAUUUACCCAGGGAAUUAUUAGUUAGUCUAUACGAGAGUAUCAAAACGGAGCCGUUUAAAAUACCAGAGGACGAUGGCAACGACCUGAUGCACACGUUCUUCAAUCCUGACAAGGAAGGUUGGCUCUGGAAACAAGGUGGACGUUACAAAAGUUGGAAGAGACGGUGGUUCAUCUUGAACGAUAAUUGUCUGUAUUACUUCGAGUAUACGACUGACAAAGAGCCACGGGGGAUCAUUCCACUAGAGAACAUUCAGGUCAGAGAGGUGCAGGACAGAAACAAACCCCAUUGCUUUGAACUCUAUGCUGCUGGCUCUGAGUUCAUCAAGGCGUGCAAAACUGACAGCGAGGGGAAAGUCGUUGAAGGAAAACAUACGGUGUACAGAAUGUCAGCUGCAACUGACGAGGAGAAAGACGAGUGGAUCAAGUGUGUCAGACAAAGUAUAUCGCAUAAUCCAUUCUACGACAUGCUGGCUGCUAGAAAGAAGAAGGCUCAGAAGACGAAUGUCCACUCGAAGAGUUAAAAAUCAUGAAAGCACAGUGGAAAUAAUUGGAGAGGAUGCAUUUCCCAGGGGAUGACGCUAUGCCGAAUGUCUCUUUUCUUUCACAUCAUCCCCAAUCGUCAGGGGCCACUCAGACGUUCUAAAGAGAACAAAUAACCAAAUAAAAGAGCAUAACUUUCGUCUCCCUCUUGUGCCAUUCAGAGGGGACAGAAAUCAAAAUAAUUAUCGCUGAACUACGUAUUCCUGGUGAGAUGUACGAUAGAAUAUUUAUUUAUUUAGUUUAUUGCGUUAUUUGCUUCCUAUACCGAUACGUGGAGACUGGUAAUUUCAUAUUACUAUUUAUUUUGUAAAUGUCCUUUGUGCGAUGGUCUUUCAUUAUUUUGUUUACUGAUGCUCGGAGGUGAAAGCAAAUUGUAAAAUAGUCGACAGACGUCAGUUUAUUGAGACCAGUGUAGAAAAAGAAUUUCAUUUGAGAAUUAACGGUCGUGAGAACGUGUUAAUGUGAUAGUUGUAUUUAUAAUCCACGGAGGAAAGAGGCAGGAAAUAUCUAGAGUUCAGAGACUGUAGACUCCUUUUCAGUUGGAGGGUCUCUCUAUUAUUGAUCAAUAAAAUUUGAAUAGCUACUGAAAGUGCAGCCAGAACUACUGAACAUGUUUAGUUUUGGGGAAUUAAUGCGAGGAAAUUAGUUGACGUGACACUGGAAUGGAAUAUUUUUCAUUCGAUUGAACAAUGCAAAUUGUAAUGAUCUAUAUAUAUUUGAAUACGAUAGUACAAUUUAUUGAUUUGAGCGAUGAUUCAGGCAAGCCGAAUAGAAAUGCUUUACAGGUGUUUCAUUUACGAAGAAAAAUAGGGGUUUUGCAUGAUAUUUUUUCACUGCGAGGUACGAAAGCUGGAAUUAAGAGGGAUAUCCAAAGUCUUCAUUUAUAUUAGCCGAUCGGAACAAACAAACGUGCAGAGCAAAAAUAUUUCUUAUUUCUCGUAAAUAAUCGUUAGAAAUUUUUGAUCGUAAUUAUCUUUUUCCUCAAGAGAGGUAAGUUUUAUUCGACUCAAGUGACUUGCAACUGAAUACUUGAACAUCUCAAUUGAGUUUUCAUUUGAAUUCAACUUAUUUUGAGGUAAAAGAUGGACAGUUUUUUGGAUUGCCGAAUUUUUUCUGGAAGAAUUAUUUUUCCUUUGUGUGUAUCAAUAUUUUCUCCUCCGAUUCCCGCAAGUAAUCUUCUUGAUUAAAGUUUCAUGUAAAUGUCCCUAUUGAUGAUGAGGUGUUAUGAUUUUCAUAUAUAUGUUGAGAAUAGACGAGUGCUUUUGUAAUUAUCGACGUCAACGAAUGAAUUUUCUGUACAACCGGGGAAACGUCGAACAUCGAAGAAGCCUUACUACUUGAUAAACAAGAGAGUGAAGAGAAAAUAAAACAUAAAAUAGGCCAAAUAAUAAUAAUAAUUGAAGGGAAGACAAUUGCAGCAUGAUGUGGUUGAAUUUUUUCUGCAAUUUAAGAUAGUGUGAAUGCUUUUUUUUUCGUCAGCCCUUUGUUGGAGGUUGUAAUAGAAAUAUUUUCUAUUCGAAAUGAUGAGCUGAAUCGAUAGUCCCGAGUGAUGAAACCGGUAUCAAGUCUGAUAUAAUGUAAAUCGCCACCGCAAAAUUAAUUUCAAGUGUUGAUUCUGUACAGCAUCUCAUCCCUUAUCCGUGGAAUAUGUUGGAGGAUAAGGAGAUUAUGAAAUGAGGGGUGGAGAAUCUCGAUGAUCGCUAACUCACCGAUUUCAGUAUCGUGCAAUAAUUACUGUGGCUUCGACAAUUCAUUGAGAUUCUUCACGUGUUUUUGUUUAUUCGUUUUAAUGUAUAAUAUGAGAGAAAUAUGGAAUAACUGAAGAGAUGGUGUAUUCUAUAGUUCACUAAUGAAUUUGUAUAUUUUGUUGUAUAUUAUUGGUUUCUAUGAGUUUCGAAUAAUUUGUUAUUGUAUAUUAGCGAUGAACUGUGUAGAAAACCGAAAAGACCAUGUAUGUAUUAAUUUAAAUGCCAUUAAUAAAUAAAUAAUUUGAUUUCGUAAAAA